CCCCGUGUGCGCUAAUGGCUCCUCCUGCCUGAGAGAGACGGAGCUUGCAGCGGAGAGCACAGGGGGGAGCUGUCCGCGAACACCCCGAAAAAAGGCCAGCUCGCUCGGAGUUGGUGUUAUUUGAAGUGUUUAAGGCUGCGAGGAGCUCUGCUGGGGUCGGAGGGACCUUAUGUUAGCGCAGAGCGGAGACCGAGCUAGGGAAGCGCUGUAAUUUUUUGGAGGAGAAACAAGAAAUUCUACUCGCCAAAUGAACUCCGUCAGAGCGACCAGCAGGAGACCGAGGAGAGUGAGGCCGCGCCCGGUGCAGCCGGAGAGGAACAACGGCGAAAGAGAUGAGGACGUCCCUGCAGAUAUGGUUGCAGAAGAAUCUGGUCCAGGAGCUCAAAACAGUCCAUACCAACUCCGUAGAAAGUCCUUGUUGCCUAAGAGAACUGCGUGUCCCACAAAAAGCAGUAUGGAGGGAGCCUCCACUUCCGCUACAGAAAACUUUGGCCACAGAGCAAAACGCGCUAGAGUGUCAGGAAAGUCCCAAGAACUUCCAGCUGCCCCUGCAGAACAGUAUCUCCAAGAAAAGCUUCCAGAUGAGGUGGUUCUGAAGAUUUUCUCCUACCUGCUGGAGCAGGACCUGUGCCAGGCUGCAUGUGUGUGCAAGCGUUUCAGUGAGCUAGCUAAUGACCCCAUUCUCUGGAAGAGGUUAUACAUGGAGGUGUUCGAGUACACACGGCCCAUGAUGCAUCCAGAGCCAGGAAAAUUCUACCAGAUAAACCCUGAAGAAUACGAGCAGCCCAACCCGUGGAAGGAAAGCUUUCAGCAACUGUAUAAAGGCGCACAUGUAAAGCCUGGUUUUGCAGAGCAUUUCUACAGUAAUCCAGCCAGAUAUAAAGGCAGAGAGAACAUGCUGUACUACGACACCAUUGAGGAUGCUUUAGGUGGUGUACAAGAGGCCCACUUUGAUGGGCUGAUUUUUGUUCAUUCUGGCAUCUACACAGAUGAGUGGAUCUACAUCGAGUCUCCCAUUACGAUGAUUGGUGCAGCUCCAGGAAAGGUCGCUGAUAAAGUAGUCAUUGAGAACACUAGAGAUUCAACGUUUGUGUUUAUGGAGGGUUCUGAAGAUGCGUAUGUGGGUUAUAUGACCAUUAGGUUCAAUCCUGAUGAUAAAUCAGCCCAGCAUCACAAUGCACACCACUGCCUGGAGAUCACAGUGAACUGCAGCCCCAACAUUGACCACUGCAUUAUCCGCAGCACUUGCACAGUGGGCUCAGCAGUGUGUGUAAGCGGCCAAGGUGCGUGUCCUACCAUAAAGCACUGCAACAUCAGUGAUUGUGAAAACGUGGGGCUCUACAUCACAGAUCACGCCCAGGGCAUUUAUGAAGAUAAUGAAAUCUCAAACAAUGCGCUGGCGGGAAUCUGGGUGAAAAACCAUGGCAACCCCAUCAUCAGGAGGAACCAUAUCCAUCACGGCAGAGACGUGGGAGUGUUUACAUUCGACCACGGCAUGGGCUACUUCGAGAGCUGCAACAUCCACAGAAACAGGAUCGCAGGUUUCGAGGUGAAGGCCUACGCCAACCCCACGGUGGUACGCUGUGAAAUUCACCACGGCCAAACAGGAGGCAUCUACGUCCAUGAGAAGGGCCGGGGACAGUUCAUAGAGAAUAAAAUCUACGCCAACAAUUUUGCUGGUGUGUGGAUCACCUCCAACAGUGACCCCACGAUUAGGGGUAACGCCAUCUUCAAUGGAAACCAAGGAGGUGUUUACAUAUUUGGAGACGGCAGGGGUCUCAUAGAGGGAAACGAUAUUUAUGGAAAUGCCCUGGCUGGCAUUCAGAUCAGAACUAACAGCUGCCCUAUAGUGAGACACAACAAGAUCCAUGAUGGACAGCAUGGAGGCAUCUAUGUGCACGAGAAGGGCCAGGGUGUUAUCGAGGAGAAUGAAGUCUACAGCAACACUCUGGCAGGAGUAUGGGUGACCACAGGGAGCACACCUGUACUCAGAAGGAACAGGAUACAUAGUGGCAAACAGGUUGGCGUUUACUUCUAUGAUAAUGGGCAUGGAGUAUUGGAAGACAACGACAUCUACAACCACAUGUACUCUGGGGUCCAGAUCAGAACUGGGAGCAACCCUAAAAUUAGACGAAACAAAAUCUGGGGAGGGCAGAACGGAGGCAUUCUUGUUUACAACUCGGGGCUGGGCUUCAUUGAGGACAAUGAGAUCUUCGACAAUGCCAUGGCCGGGGUGUGGAUUAAGACGGACAGUAACCCCACACUGCGCAGGAAUAAAAUCCACGACGGCCGGGACGGCGGCAUCUGCAUAUUCAACGGUGGCAGGGGACUGUUAGAGGAGAACGACAUCUUCAGAAACGCCCAGGCUGGUGUUCUCAUAAGUACAAACAGUCACCCGGUUCUGCGGAAGAACCGAAUAUUUGACGGCUUUGCUGCAGGCAUUGAGAUCACAAAUCAUGCCACAGCAACACUAGAAGGCAAUCAGAUAUUUAACAACAGAUUUGGGGGGCUGUUUCUAGCCUCUGGUGUCAAUGUCACUAUGAAAGACAACAAAAUCUUGAACAAUCAGGAUGCCAUAGAGAAGGCUGUGAGCAGAGGUCAGUGCCUGUACAAGAUUUCCAGUUACACCAGCUAUCCCAUGCACGAUUUUUACAGGUGCCACACCUGUAAUACAACAGACAGAAAUGCAAUCUGUGUGAACUGUAUCAAGAAAUGCCACCAAGGGCAUGAUGUCGAGUUUAUACGGCAUGAUAGGUUUUUCUGUGACUGCGGCGCGGGUACUUUGUCGAACCCUUGCACGUUAGCCGGAGAGCCGACGCACGACACGGACACUCUGUACGACUCAGCGCCUCCUAUAGAGUCAAACACGUUACAACACAACUGAGGCCCAGCCUGCCCUCCUCCAUCUCAGCACCCUGGUCUUUAAUCGAACCUGCCUACAAAACGAGAGCUUCUGCCACUUUGGGCUGGGAAAGACUCUGUGUAAAGAGACAGGACCGCAAAAUCUUUCACUUCAAUUGUUCUGUGGGAAGGAAAAACCAUUUUGAGGAGAUUUGUGGACCUCCUUUGGAAAGCUGCCUCUUUGCUGGAUAGAGAUCUGUUGUCUGUGUGUUGCUCUAAAUGAAAAGUGUUCUGAUGCAAAUGGAAGCAAGAGAUUCCCUGUUCAGUUUUUUUAUUAUAAUUAUUAUUAUUAUUAUUAUUAUUCCCCUUUUCAGUUCAGUGCAAAAACGGCUCUUGACCCACAAAGAAUGGUUAAUGUUUGGGUAGAGCUUUGGAAGAGUUGAGAGUUGCACAGAGAAGCAAUAUGUUGACUCAGGAUUCUGGAGAUUAAGAGACGAGACUACAGCGGCGUCCAGUUUUGGAAGAGGAACGAUGGAGAACGUCCUAGGUCUUUCCAAACCGAUAACCCUGUGCAGUCUCUGUGAUGUGUGCAGGUUCAAGCGGAGAAGUUCUACUGCAGUUUUGUACAGACGUGUAACAGUGGCCAGAAACACUUGGAGCCAUUAACCCCUCCCCCAGGGCAGCUUCCUGAACCUGGAUAUAGGAGGGAGAGCCAUGAUUUAAAAAAAAAAAAAAAAAAACAUGGCUUUCUUUGGCAACUGUUUCUAGGUAACAGAUGUGCUGAUUAUAUGUAUGGUAUAAAAAAAAAGAAAGCUAAAAAAAAUGUGGUUAGCACUUGCUUUUUUUUAAUAUGUUAAUGUUAUUCUGAUCAACAAAUAUGAUUUUAAUGCUUUCUCAUGUAGUUUUGUAUUUUCAAGCAAAAAAAAAAUCUUACUGUAUUUGAAUGUCUUUUAUUUUAUUAUAUAUUAUAAUUAUUAUUAUUGUUAUUAAUAUUUUCAUUAGCGCACGUUAGGCUUGUAAUCAUACUGUGUCUCAGCAUAUAAAUUCUUUCUGUGAAAGAGGAUUAACGAGAAAAACAAAAUGAGAUUUGGAAAACACGUAACACUAAAAUAUGUCCUCCAGCUAUGGUUUUCGAUAUGCGAGGUAUGAAGCGGUUGUUUGUGCGGGAUUUUUUUUUUUUUUUAAUUUAUUUUAUUUUUAUUUCUAUUUUAUAAAUGUGAAUGUGACAGUUCUAGUCUAUUUGUAUUCCAGUUCCACAGUUCAGUGUUUGGGUCUUUAUUCACUGCCUAGUUUUGUUUUUUGAGACGAUGCCUUUUUGAAAGUCAAAAAAAAAAAGACUGAUUUCUAAACAGAAUUAAAAUCCACAAAGAAAGGCAAUGUUCCUGUUCUAAUGUUCAUGUGGAAGAAUAUUAUCAGGGUGAAGUCUUUCUUCACUCUUUAAAUUAGUUUAAAUACAUAUUAUUUUUAUUUUGUAGUUUUAUUAUUAACAUGACAUUGAUUAAAAAUGUCCCCCUCUUUAUAUUUUAGUAUAUUUUUAGUAGUUUUUUUGUUUGUUUUUUGUUUGUUUGGGUCCGAGGCCCUUCACGUGCCUGUGUUUAAGUGCUACACACAGAAUUGAAAAGCAUCGCUGGAGUUUGCUCUGUUAUAAAGGCCCCGGCCUCUUAGCUGAGACACACAUCUCUACAGCCUUGUUGUCUUUUGCCCCUCAGAUUCAUCCCCAUCUAUGUGUAAUGUGGUGACUGUGGCUUCUCAUGCCGCCUGAAUUGUAUGCAUGUACCAUAACAUCUAGACUUAAUAUAUUGUGAAGUAUUCAAUAACCAUUAUGUAGAUGCUAGUAUGAAUUUAAAAAGGGUUUAAUUUCCUAGAAAAAAAGGAAAAAGGAAACUGGUCAUUUUUAAGAAAAUAAACUUUAUUAGAUCA